GACGGUAACGCCCGUGAACGCCUUCUUCGAAACGUUGCGCAGCCUCGGCCCUGCCCGCCUCGCCCUGAUGGCCGGAGUCGGGGCCGCGAUCCUGGCCUUCUUCAUCUACUUCACCGGCCGCCUCUCGCAGUCGGAGAUGGCGCUGCUUUACGGCGAGCUGGAGCAGGCCGACAGCGCCCAGAUCGUCAACACCCUGGAGUCCAUGGGCGUGCCCUACGAGCUGUCGCGCGACGGCAGCCGCGUGCUGGUGCCCGAGGACCAGGUCGCGCGCCUGCGCCUGACCAUGGCCGAGCAGGGCCUGACGACCGGCGGCUCCAUGGGCUACGAGCUGUUCGACGGCGCCGACGGCUUCGGCAGCACCAGUUUCGAGCAGAAUCUGCGGCACAAGCGCGCCAUGGAGGGCGAGCUGGCCCGCUCGGUCUCCUCGAUCUCCAGCGUGCGCUCGGCGCGGGUCCACCUCGUCCUGCCCGAGCGCGAGCUGUUCAGCCGCGAGCGGCGCGACCCCUCGGCCUCGAUCGUCGUCAGCCUGGUCGGCAACCGCGGCCUCUCGGCGCAGCAGAUCCGCGCCAUCCAGCAGCUCGUCUCCUCGGCGGUGCCCGAGAUGGCGCCCGGCGCCGUGUCCAUCGUCGACGACGAAGGCAACCUGCUGGCGCGCCGCAGCGACGGCGAGGGCGCGGAGCAGCUCGCCACGACCGCCGAAGAGAUGCGCGUCAACAUGGAGAACCGCCUGGCCAACGCGGUCGAGUCGCUGCUCGAGCGCUCCGUCGGGCCGGGCAACGUGCGCGCCGAGGUGUCGGUCGAGCUGGACUUCGACCGCAUCACCGAGAACAGCGAGAUCUACGACCCCGACAGCCAGGUGGUCCGCUCCACCCAGGUCAUCGAGGAGUCCUCCCAGGACAGCGAGGGCGGUGACGCCGCGGUCACCGUCGGCAACAACCUGCCCGACCCGGGCCUGCAGGACCCGGCCGCCGCGGCCGGCUCGAACAGCCUGAGCCAGCGCACCGAGGAGACGGUCAACUACGAGAUCAGCCGCGUGGUGAAGACCCACGUGCGCGAGACCGGGCAGAUCCGCCGCCUGUCGGUCGCCAUUCUGGUCAACGGCGAGAGGGUCGAGGGGCCCGAAGGCGAGAUCACCUUCGAGCCGCGCUCCCAGGAGGAGCUCGACCAGCUCGCCGCGCUCGCCCGCUCCGCCGUCGGCUACGACGCCGAGCGCGGCGACAGCGUGGAGAUCGCCAACCUGCCCUUCGCCGACAUGGUGCCCGCCGGCGUGGGCGGCACCGGCGUCGACAGCUUCCUCGGCAUCAAUCAGCAGGAUCUGCUGCGCAUCGCCGAGCUGAUCGUCCUGGGCGUGGUCGCCGUGCUGGUGCUGCUGCUGGUCGUCAAGCCGCUGGUCGGCCGCCUGCUCGAGCGCGGGCCGGCCGUGGCCGGCGACGCCGGCGGCAUUCUGGCGGGCGAGCUGGGCGGCCAGGGCGGCAAUCUGCCGGUGCCCGCCGGCGCCGGGGCCGGCGUUGGGGCCGGCGGCGGCCUGCCGGCGACGGCAGGCGGACAGAACCGCUCGAUUCUGGGCGGCGGCGGUGGCGGCGGCAGCGGCAGUGGCGUGGCCGUGGCCCAGCAGACCGGCGUGUCGCAGCCCGAGCUGGACGAGGAGAGCCACGACCUCGAACAGCUCAUCGACAUCAACCGCGUCGACGGACGGGUGCGCGCCUCCUCGGUCCGCAAGAUCGGCGAGAUCGUCGAGAAGCAUCCCGAAGAGGCCGUCGCGAUCCUGCGCAACUGGCUCUACCAGGCCGCCUUGCUGAUGAUGGCCAUCGGCGAGGAGAACGCCGCGCGCCUGUUCACCAUGCUCGACGACGAGGAGAUCAAGGAGAUCUCCGGCAUCAUGGCGAGCCUGGGCACGGUCGCCGCGCCGGUGGUCGAGCGGCUGUUCGUCGAGUUCGCCGACCAGAUUUCCUCGACCGGCUCGCUGAUCGGCAACUUCGACUCGACCGAACGCCUGCUGCUCAAGGUGCUCGACAAGGAUCGGGUCGACAACAUCAUGGAGGAGAUCCGCGGCCCCGCGGGUCGCACCAUGUGGGACAAGCUGGGCAACGUUCACGAGAACGUCCUGGCGAACUACCUGAAGAACGAGUACCCGCAGACC